AUGAUUCAGCAUCCUGAGAGCGUUGCCAGUCACUCCUUUGGUGUGGCAUGGCUCAGCAUGCUCCUGGCGCCCAGUGACCUGAACCGGUCACGAUGCCUUCUUAUAGGUAUCUGCCAUGACUUGGCUGAAUCUGUAAUCGGAGACAUUCCCACUUAUGCUGGUGUCGCCAAAGACCAGAAACACAAGCUCGAGGCGAACGCGUUCAAGUAUUUAUGUUCUUUAUUGAGUGAAGAUCUAGCCAGAGAGGUCUUCGACGCCUGGGAUGACUAUGAACAUGGAAAGACAGCCGAAGGCCGAUUCGUCAAAGAGAUGGACAAGCUUGAAUGCAUUCUGCAGGCUCAAGAGUACGACAGCUCAUCAGAAAUGCCUGACCGCUUCGAGGAGUUCAAGGGGCUCAGCUCCAAGAUUAGCUCGGCCGAAGGCAAGCUCGUGCUUGAUAUGCUACAGAGGAGAACAUGCGAGAACGAGCGAAAGAAGCAUCACAAUGUACUCUUCGUCACUGGUGACCAGUCAAUCGUCGCUGCAUCGUGCGAUCGUUUGAGAGACGAGUUCGGAAUGCAACAUCUCUCUCUGCACGAAAUCCUGCGCACCAGAUCUGAGUGUCAUUCUGAUGCAUUGUCGAGUUACAUUUGGGAGACAUUGGAGGAACAAAUGGAUGUGCCUGCCCAACUUUCACUCAAACUGCUGGAAGAGACCCUCGAUAACCAGGCGGAUGAUCGAUGGGUCCUGGUAGAAGGGUUCAGCGAGCAGUUGUUACUGUCGCAUAAACAGCAGCCUCGCAAGCCAUACUACUUCCUUCACAUCGUCGGCACGACUCAGUGCGGCCGUUGGGAAGGUCAAAUGAACGACGCCGGAGACCGCUCCGUUAUUAGAGACACCCGCCAUUUCCGACAGAUCCAGCAUGGAGAUACGCAGCAGGAGACGUGGGACUCUGUCAAGUCAACGGUCCAAACACUGAUGGGAGUCUCUCAUUCUGCAUAG